AUGAUUUUUCGUUGGCAGUAUCGACUCAACUAUAAAAUAGCUUCUGUUGGCUGGACGACCAUUUUCAACCAAGCUUCGGGCUUCAAAGUUUCUUGGCAUUUACCUGACGGCACCAACACCAAACAAAAGCGGUCUAUUUAUGAUUUACACGAUGACAUUAAAUUUUUGUACCAGAGCCACGGGCUUAAUGGUCAAUCCUGCCUCGCACGAAACAUUUGCGAAGCGAUGAGGUACGCGAAGCGUGAGGACGGCGUUAUGGCGAAGAUAUUAAAAUUGUUAGCGCGAACAUCAAAUACCAAUUGCACCAAUUGUACUGACGAGAAGGACUUCGAGGUUGAGUGCCACCGAUAUACACGCCGUUGUCCUCUGCAAUUAAUUAGUAUCGAUGACUUUUCUGAGCACUAA